UUCAACCUGUUUUCCCAGUUGAUUUUGCAUUGUUGUUGUUGCCAUGGUAACAGUACGCUUUCUCAAUGGCCAUCAGAUUUAUAUGUGAUAAUCUUUAGUUUACAUUUUUGUUUACAACCGGACUUAUUUUGUCAUCCAUUCAUGAUUGUAAACCACUAAGAUUGUUUUUGGAAAUCGUCUGUAAGCUCGUGUUAAAUAAGUGAGGUUUUCAGUGUAUUUUAGACGCUUAAUGGCGAUGUCAAUUUUGUGUAUUUAUUGACCAAGCGAGGUGACAAAAUGGACAGGGAGCGAUUGAGGUUAAAAAAGGAGCAAUUUAUACGUGACAUGCAUCGAGUUUCUGAAGAGAAAUCUCAACAACUGUUCGAAAAACCUGAAGACCGCCAAGCAUGGGUUGAUGUUAUUCGGAAGUCUGUUGAGAAAGAGAUCGAGACUAGAGUACGCGAAGCUUUAGGAACACCACCGAAAGAAAGACAACGGAGAAGAAUGGAAGAGCUUACGGCAAAACGUUUCGCAAAAAUCGAAGAAGAAAAAAAAGCGAUAGCGAAUAAUAGAAAAAAACAAGCUUUUCUUGAAAAUGGUAGUGCAAUCGAUGACGAUCUGCUGUGGUUACGACGACAGAAAUAUUUAGAAAAGUUUAAGAAACGACGAACAAUGCGUGAAAUACCAUCACCUAUUUUACGUUCCAUAAGUUUGAAACGCAUAGCUCGUAAUGAGCAGGAAAAUCAUCAAAGCAUUCCCAUUGUGUGGGAAUGUAGCGAAGCUCUUGCUGAUGAGAUGCCUACAAGUUUCAAGCAGUUCAAAAGGGCAGUUCACGCGAAUAAUUUAUUUGAAUCGACGAAAGAAACCGUCAACAGAAAUGGACCUUAUUUUCCAAGUGGUCGACUUCCCUGUAUACCACCACCUCAACAUUUAAACUUUGUUCCCAAUUACGUAGAAGAGUUAAAUUUAACGGAUACAGAUGACACACGCCAAAAACAAGUCAUAAAUGUCGAGUACCCAAAAUGUUGGAAAGGAGCUGUUGUUGUCUUCGAUACAGAAAGACGAAAUAUUUUGGAUUCUGAAGCCGUGCCACCGGGGUGUCCGCCUCAUCUUCAGUUUGAAUCGAGAUUUGAAAGUGGAAAUUUACGUCAAGCAAAGAGAGUUGGCAACUACGCAUACGAGCUUAUUCUCAAUACGGAUCUUUACACGAAAAGACAUACACAAUGGUACUAUUUUCAAGUUCGUAAAACCAUUCCACAUGUGACUUACACCUUUACAAUAAUCAACUUCCUGAAGAGAGACAGCUUAUAUAAUCAUGGUAUGAAGGUGCUGUUUUACUCAGAGAAAACUGCUCAACGACAAAAUAUUGGCUGGAUAAGAAGGGGCCAUCACAUUAAAUAUUUCCAGAACUACAUUAAAGGACAUCCAUUACUAUCAUGGGGCAAAGUUUACUAUUCACUUACAUUUCAAUUGGAGUUUCCUCAUGUCAACGAUGUAUGUUAUCUUGCGCAUUGUUAUCCUUACUCGUACACAGAUUUAGAGAACUAUCUUGAUGUCAUCUCGAAAGAUGAAUUCAAGCAGAAUCAUUGUUCGCAGCAGGUUUUGUGCAAGACUGUAGCUGGAAACAAUUGUUAUCUUUUAACAAUCACCUCUCAAGAGCCUAACGAUGGAAAACUUGGCGUUGUUGUGACAGCACGAGUACAUCCUGGAGAAACUAACGCUAGCUGGAUGAUGAAGGGACUAGUGGAUUUCUUGAUAUCCGAUGAUUCAGUUGCACAACAAUUACGAAGAAAACAUAUCUUCAAGAUUAUUCCAAUGUUGAAUCCUGACGGAGUCAUCGUUGGUAACUACCGCACGAAUCUAGCAGCAAAGGAUCUUAAUAGAACAUACAUGAAUCCAUGCAAGGAUUCAUCUCCCACAAUCUUUUACACAAAGAAACUUGUUGAAACAUUUUCCACUGAACAAGAGAUCGUGGUCUAUUGUGAUUUACAUGGCCAUAGUCGUAAACCUAAUGUCUUCAUGUACGGUUGUACACCUGAGAAACGUAGUACUUCAGUUAAAGACUUCGUUCAAGAAAGAUUAUUCCCUUGGUUAAUGUCAAAAAAGGCUCCUGAUCUUUUCUCAUUUCGAGAAUGCAAAUUCAAAGUACGCAAAUCCAAAGAAGGCACAGCCCGAGUUGUAAUGUGGCGACAGAUGGGUGUUGCAAACAGUUUCACCAUGGAAGCAACAUUUUGUGGAGCAAAUUUUGGCGACAUUGAAAAAGGCCGACACUUUCACAAUGGCGAUUUUGAAGCAAUGGGUAGACAUUUCUGUGAAGUUUUACUUGAUUACACGACAGCACGACCAAAUGGAAGCAGAAGCGAGAUAACAGAAGAAUUUCUCCAAAUGGCAUCACUAAUGACUCAAGACAUAAUGCGUCAUGCUAGAAUGUUACAAACGGGAGAAAAUGAAGAUCGCUGGUCCACAAAAAAUCACGUGAUUGACAAGCAACAUUCUCCUAAAAAUCACGUUAAUGUUUUUGAUGUUCACGUUGAUGAUGUAAUCUCUCACGCGGAGUCUGGGGAAGAGGUAGAAGUAUCGGUAAGAAAAAGUGAGGGAUCAAGUUUAGAGGAAUGUCUGAAGCAGUUGGAAAAUGUCGACCUUGAUGAACUUAAUGAAGAAUCAGAUUCAAGUGACUCAGAUAGUCAGUCAGAAGAAGAGGAUGUCAAGAAAUCAAUGAUAAAGAAUGAAGACAGAACAAAGAAAAAGAAAAAGAAGAAGAAAAAGGAGGCCAAGCGAUGGGAGGUUUUAGCGGCUUUAAAACCAAAGUCCGAAUUGCAAACUGAAAGAACAAACCAAGGCAUGACGAAUACCAAAAAAUAUCAGGAAAAGAACGUUCUGUCUUUUUCACAGAGAAAGGUGAAGUUAAAGGAAAGUGCCUUCUUAAAUCCCUAUGCAUCCCGUUUUAACAACGGUAUUCCUAUGUAUUCACAAGAAAGAAUUGAGCAGAGGAUAAUGAAGAAAAAUGAAGAUGUGAAAGAUCAUGACAUACAAUCUCAUAUCACAGAAAAUGAUUUGUUGCCUUUCUUACAUAAUGAUGAUCGGUUGACAUCAAACAGUAUUCCACAACAUAACCUGGCUUGCUACGUGAUGUCGAGAAGACCUGGUACUAGUAGUAGAGCGGAAGUAAUUGCUGUUGAUAAUUUUAAGUUCGAGUCUUUAAGUCACUCGGCCUCAAAAGGUUUCACUCUUCGUAUACCUGGUCGUGAAUUGUCGGCACGAAGCAGCAGCGACCACUACAGAUUGGAAGUUGAAAAAGAAUACGAGCUCGAAGACAAAUUUUGUAAUGGAGAGUUAAUUGUACCCAUGCGCAGCAACGUCACAUUGAAUCCUUUAAAUAUCUCCAAGGGCACUGCUUACGCUUACGAUUUAAAGGAUUUCUCCGAGAGACGUGAACAGUUAUCAGAAGACUGGGGAGAAGAUUGCCAAACAAAAGUAGUACGAGUAACAUCUAAUACAGCAUUGCAGCAAAGCCAAUCAAAAAUCAAAAAUAACAUACAUUCCAUAAAAAAACUUCAAGAACUGUCGUUACACGACGGAACACAUCGUGAUCAAAUGUUUAAAGAGAGAUAGUCGUUUAUGCAGAAAGUUUGGAAUAAACAUUAACAAUUUGUAAAAAGAGACAUUAAGAGCGCACAUGUUUUUGAAGUUAAUCUACAUUUUAUUUAACACAGCAAAACCAAAGAAUUUUUUGAGAUUUA